GGAAUUUUCUUUUUCCUUGCCAUCACAGCAAGCAUUUGUUUGGAAAAUUUGACCUGGACAUUUUUUCGGAAAAAUCGGUGUCAGUGGGUGGAAAAUUUUCGUUCCCCGAAAUUCGAGAGUCUACCAAAUUUUUGAUAUCCCUUCAAAAUGGCCUCGCUAGAACAAAAACGUGAAGCUUUCCGUAAGUAUCUGGAGUCGGCUGGGGCAAUCAACUGUCUCUCGAGAGCACUCAUUAAAUUGUACCAGGAGGAAUCAAAGCCGGAGGAUGCCUGUAAGUUUCUGAGGCAGAUUAUGUGUGAAACAUGCCCGACGGACGAAGAGGUGGCCCAGAUGAUGGCAGAUUUGGAUGAGGCGAAGCAAUCGAUAUGUGCGCUCAAAAGGGAACUGACAGGCUUGAAGGGAGAAAUCCGGCGGACACCCAGUGAGAUUCAACUGGCACUGGAGACCGGUUUCGCUGAAAUGGAGGCGGCAGAAGAUUGCCAUUCUCUAUUGAAGAAACAUUUGCCACGGGAAACGUUCGAUGAACUGAAGGAACUUAAAACGGGUCUAAAGUCUACACUUUUAGAUUGCAUACAGUCCGGUUUGAAAAAUUUGGAUUCAGGAGUUGGUGUCUACGCAUCGGAUGCCGAAUGUUACGAGGUGUUUGGAAAACUCUUUAAUCCUGUGAUUGAUGAGUAUCAUGGAGGCUUCGCCGAAGAUGCUACUCAUCCACCGACUGAAUGGGGGGAUGCAUCUACUUUUGAGAAUCUCGAUCCGGAAGGAGAGUUUAUCAUCUCAACUCGGGUACGAUGCGGCCGAUCCAUUGAAGGUUUUCCAUUCAAUCCACGUCUCAAGAUGGAUCAAUACGAAGAACUUAUGGCACGUAUGAAGACGGUUCUUGAAGGUCUAGAAGACGAUGACCUAAAAGGCCAGUUCCAUCCCCUUGAACUUAUGACUAAGGAGCUUCAACAGCAACUGAUUGAUGAUCAUCUGCUGUUCAAAGAAGGUGAUCGAUUUCUGCUCGAAGCUAACGCUUGCCGCUUUUGGCCUAUUGGGCGGGCAAUUUUCCUCAAUGAAGCCCAAACAUUUGUCGUUUGGGUCAACGAGGAAGAUCAUUUGAGAAUAAUUUCACUGGAAAAGGGAGGUGAUUUAGGUUCCGUGUACAGUCGCAUGGUGGCUGGAGUUGAGGCCAUUGCUAAGGAUGUCGCCUUCUCUCAAAGCGAACGUUUCGGAUAUCUCACGUUCUGUCCUUCGAAUUUGGGAACAACAAUCCGAGCCUCAGUCCACAUCAAACUUCCCAAGUUGGGCCACGUGCGUUCCAAACUCGAGGCAAAAGCCGCUGAAUAUAACCUUCAAGUUCGUGGAACCCGUGGAGAGCACACUGAAUCCGAAGAUGGCGUCUUCGAUGUCUCAAACAAGCGUCGGCUGGGCUUGACCGAAUACGACGCAGUUAAGGAAAUGUACGACGGAAUACGGGAGCUGAUUGAGCUGGAACGGAACACGGAGGAAGGCGAAACAGAUGAGGCCGAAGAAGCCCCGCCAGCCGAGGAGGAAUGAGUUAACUCUGAAAUAAUCUCUGCAGCAUAGACAAUAUCGUUAGUUGAGAGUCAAUCUGCUUUUGCGCAAACUUUUUAUGGCAAUCAUGAUAUUUAGAAAGCUACCAACAAAACAUUGUAAACAGUUACCGUAUGAAAUAUAUACUUUAUUGCUACA